AAAAAGGGAGAAGGAGAGCUCUUCAUGGCUGAUGCUGAUUUAAGUGAGUAUCAGAGCAUGUGCCGCCAGGUAGUGGAGAAAAUACCACAGACAGACCUUGAGGCGAGAAGCAGCAAGAAAUGUCCAGUGCAUAGAAAGAAGGGGGGCUGGAGCACAGCACACAGAUGAGAGUGGGAGAAACAAGAGGUGGUUUAGGAGUCAGAUGGGGUGUGACGAGAAGCUGCUGGAUCCUAAGGAGCCAUUCCUUUCUUCUGAAGGAACGGAAGCUUGAAGGAAAGAUGUGUUAGGCCGAGUGGCCCCUCAAAGAUGCCCACACCCUAAUCGCUGGACUCCGAAUAUGUUGCUUUACAUGGCAAAAGGGACUUUGCACACGAAAUUAAGGCUUCAGACCUUAAAAUAGGGAAGUGACCCUAGGCUAUUCAAGCGGGCCCAGUCUAAUCACAUGAGCCUGAAAAGCGAGGCAGUUUCUCUGGCUGGCAACGGAGGCAAGAUGAGGUAGAAGGAAAGUUGGAAAGAUCAGCGUGAGAGGGGCUGACCCUGCUGUGGCUGCAGGGGGACUGCAUGGAAAGCAGGAGCACAGGAGCAAAGACUGGCUGAUAACCAGCAAGGCAUCGGGCCCUUGGGCCCUGCAGCUGCAGGAGCUGAAGUCAGCCUACAGCCUGAAGCAGCUUGGAAGUCAUGUAGGAAACUGUAAAUCAUGUGAAGAUGGGACUCUUGGUAUUUGUACGCAAUCUGCUGCUAGCCCUCUGCCUUUUUCUGGUGUUGGGAUUUUUGUAUUAUUCUGCGUGGAAGCUACAUUUACUCCAGUGGGAGGACUCCAAUUCAGUGGUUCUUUCCUUUGACUCCGCUGGACAAACGCUAGGCUCAGAAAGAAUGGCUCUGGUUACCUUGUGGAGAAUCCAUGACAAAGGGACACGACAGGACACGGGGAAAGCCGGUCAGAGGCUGUUGAUAGUAAAUCCAGAGUAUGACCGGUUGGGCUUUCUCCUGAAGCUGGACUCUAAACUGCCUGCUGAGUUGGCCACCAAGUACGCAAACUUUUCAGAAGGAGCUUGCAAGCCUGGCUAUGCGUCAGCCGUGAUGACUGCCAUCUUCCCCCGGUUCUCCAAACCAGCACCCAUGUUCCUGGAUGACUCCUUCCGAAAGUGGGCCAGGAUCCGGGAAUUUGUGCCGCCUUUUGGGAUCAAAGGUCAAGACAAUCUGAUCAAAGCCAUCCUGUCCGUCACCAAAGAGUACCGCCUGACCCCGGCCUUGGACAGCCUCAGCUGCCGCCGCUGCAUCAUCGUGGGCAACGGAGGUGUCCUCGCCAACAAGUCUCUGGGGUCACGAAUUGAUGACUAUGACAUUGUGGUCAGACUGAACUCGGCGCCAGUGAAAGGCUUCGAGAAGGACGUGGGCAGCAAAACCACACUACGCAUCACCUACCCCGAGGGCGCCAUGCAGCGGCCCGAGCAAUACGAACGCGAUUCUCUCUUCGUCCUCGCUGGCUUCAAGUGGCAGGACUUCAAGUGGCUGAAGUACAUCGUCUACAAGGAGCGAGUGAGUGCAUCGGACGGCUUCUGGAAAUCGGUGGCCACUCGCGUGCCCAAGGAACCCCCAGAGAUUCGCAUCCUCAAUCCCUAUUUCAUCCAGGAAGCCGCCUUCACCCUCAUCGGACUGCCUUUCAACAAUGGCCUCAUGGGCCGAGGGAACAUCCCGACCCUCGGCAGUGUGGCCGUGACCAUGGCACUGCACGGCUGCGAUGAGGUGGCCGUCGCCGGCUUCGGCUACGACAUGAGCACACCCAAUGCACCCCUGCACUACUACGAGACCGUGCGCAUGGCAGCCAUCAAAGAGUCCUGGACGCACAACAUCCAGCGAGAGAAAGAGUUUCUGCAGAAGCUGGUCAAAGCACGCGUCAUCACUGACCUGACCAGCGGCAUCUGAGGCGGACCCAGCACACCGCCACCUGCCCACGGCAUUGGCCCCGGUCGGGCUCUGCCUGAGAGGCGUGGGAGCCUUCGGGCCCAGGGAAGGACAGUGCCAAGUGUCCCCGGGGUGGCAAGGCCUUGGCAGGGCCGUCAGAGCGGUGUCUGCUCAGCGGCCAGCCCCAGAGACCAGCCCUCGGCCUCCCUCUCAGCCUGGGUCCUUGAAGCCAGAGGGCCAGGAGGCCACUGGCCGUGCCUGGCAGGCCCAGCAUGCGCGAGGCGGACAUCGGGCAGCAGGCCGGCUGCCGGCACCCUUUCUCCAGUCAGUGUUCGGUGUAUUUUCAUUUUGUGAAUUGGGGGUGGGGGGAGGGAGGGAUAAUUUAUUUUUGAAGAAGGUUGGAGAUGUCAAGUUUGGUCCACUUGCCGUGCAGAAAGGGACCCACUGAAGGGCCCCUCGGGCAGUGGUCCCCUGGGCUCCCCGUAGAGCGGGAGUGCCGUGACUGGCCUGUGCCCUGCUCGGGGGGGGCACCGGGAGGUGGGCAGCCUCUCAGGCCAGCCCCCUCCAGCUCAUGACCCUGUUUGGCCUUUCUUGGGGAGCAGAUGGGAUAUUCCCACUCAGCAGCCCCUAGCUGUCCCAGAGGGAAACCCUGGAGCCAUCCUUUAAGCCCACAAGAUGCCCCCGGGCCGGAGCAGCCAGCACGUCAGAGUUCAGGGGGUGAGGCCUGGCCCAGCCUGAUGGGAACGGCUCACCUCCGCAGCUGCAGCUGACCCCAGGACAGUGUCCCGGGCCUGGAGUGACCCAUCUGGCAGCUCUCCUGGAUAUCAGCAAUGAGACCGCCAGGUCCUUGGGGUCUGCCUUUUGCCUGGACCACGGGGACAAGAGGCCCGAGGGCCUCUCCCAGGCUGUGGCAGUCGUCCUGGGCAGCCAUCGUGGAAGCAAUAAAGCUUUUCCCUGAACCUGG